AUGACGUCAUUGCUUGAGUCAUCUUAUCUUCUUGUGUUUGGUCUGGCUGGUAUUACUGCCUAUGGGGGAUUUUUUGACGUUUGUCACCCCAAGAAAGGAGAAAAAGUAUUUGUAUCAGCAGCAGCUGGUGCAGUUGGUCAGCUUGUCCGGCAAUUUGCAAAAUUGACAGGUUGCUAUGUUGUUGGAAGUGCUGGAAGCAAAGAAAAGGUUGAUCUUUUGAAGAACAAGUUCGGAUUCGAUGAUGCUUUCAAUUAUAAGGAAGAGGAUGACCUCGAUGCUGCACUGAAAAAGUAUUUCCCCGAGGGAAUUGAUAUAUACUUUGAAAAUGUUGGGGGGAAGAUGCUGGAUGCAGUGCUCCGGAAUAUGAACAUGAACGGUCGAAUUUCUGUUUUUGCGCUUUCGAUUUCUAUCACCUCUUCCCAAAGUUUGCUAAUCUAUGUUGAAGAUAUUGCUGGAGGCCUCGAGAGUGGCCCUUCUGCCCUUUUAGCAAUGUUGGGAAACAACUUGUCUUGGUUGCUCGAGAGUGAUCCAUAUCCAGUUUCAGCAAUUUCUUCAGCUCACUGCUGUGGCUUUUGA